AAAUAAAUCUACGAGAUUCACAAAUUGCAAAAGGCCAAAUGAAUUCCCCCUAUCGGGCCUACAGUCCCUAUUGUGGUGGUCAUGGUUAUCACCAUCGCCAUAGUUCUUUCCGCCGUCUCGGUCCGCGCGCUCGCGUUGGGGGUUUGGUGAAAGUAGCCCUUGUGGGGACAUGUACUUACUUCAUCUGCAAAAAGGUUAUUUUUGCCGGUGCCCGAAGCGAUGGUCAAUCCCCAUAACUCGCUAUUAAGCACGAUUAUGCCCAAAAAUUUGCAGCAAAUAAAUUACCAAACUGCCAGGAUGAAGGUGUCUGAUAGUUUGGUAGCAGGCUUUGUUUUCU